CUGCCGUCUCUUUCUCUUGCCAGAGAUUCGUCUCGCCGCUGCAGUCGUCGCUGUAAGUGCGAUUGAAAUUAUUUUCUAUCUUUCCGAUCUUCCCUCGUAUCGUUAACGCAACGAGUGCGCGAAACGCGGCUGUAAACAAUGGCUGAUCAGCAAGAGCACAAGGACUUCAGUGACGACGUGGGGGAGCAAAAUUUCGAGAAGAACGGCGAGGCCGAGAGCGGCGGCGGCGGAGACGCCGUGGAGAAUGGCCAGGACUCACAGGAGGACAGAAAAUUAUUUGUCGGUGGCUUGAGCUGGGAAACCACUGACAAGGAAUUAAGAGAACAUUUUAGUACAUAUGGCGACAUUGAGAGUAUUAAUGUCAAAACAGAUCCCAACACGGGAAGAUCGAGAGGUUUUGCCUUUAUUGUCUUUGCUAAAGCCGAAGCUCUCGAUAAGAUCAUGUCAGCUGGUGAUCACGUUAUAAACAACAAAAAAGUAGAUCCUAAGAAAGCGAAAGCUAGGCAUGGUAAGAUCUUCGUCGGUGGUCUCUCGACGGAGCUGUCUGAUGACGAUAUUAAGAAUUUCUUUUCACAAUUUGGAAACAUCGUCGAAGUAGAGAUGCCGUUUGAUAAGACAAAGAACCAAAGGAAAGGGUUCUGCUUUAUUACGUUUGAAUCGGAACAAGUGGUUAAUGAACUUCUUAAGACACCCAAACAGACCAUCAAUGGAAAAGCUGUGGAUGUGAAGAAAGCAACGCCUAAAUUGGACGGUAUGGGCGGGAUGCGUGGCGGAAUGAUGGGUCGAGGUAGAGGAGGAGCUCGCGGCGGUCGAGGUCGCGGAUUCGGAGGACAAGGUGGUGGUUGGGGACAGGGCUACGGAGGCGGCUACGGCGGCGGCUAUGGCCAAGGAGGCUACGGCGGUGGGUACGACGGUUACGGGGGAUACGAUUACUACGGCGGCGGUUACGGCGGUUACGGAAGUUAUGAUUACACCGGAUAUGGUGAUGGCUAUGGCUAUGGCGGUGGUAAUUACGAUGGUGGCUACGCGAGCGGGCGCGGUGGUGUACGCGGUAAAGGUGGUUCAGGCUACGGCAAGCAAAGAGGAGGAGGUGGUGGCGGUCGCCAAAAUCAGAGGCACCAGCCGUACUAACGAAAAUCCUCAUUCGCGAACGCAGUGCAAUUCGCGUUGUAACCGCUGGUACUCUUCCUCACUACUACCGAUCUCUUCAUUCGUCCAAUCAUCAUUCCAUUAAGCCGCGCCCCUCCUAGCAAGAAUUUCGACAAUUUUUCAACAAUGUGGACAGCUGCUGCGAAAAACCAAUCGUCAAAAACCUACGAGACCGGAGACAGCAGUAGUGAUUUUCAUUUUGUAUUUAACUUCGAUUUAUUAUUCCGCGUCUAUAUGCUUUCUUUUCUGCCGUUCUCGUAGUGCCGAACUUGUGGUCGUUUCUCUUCUUUUUAAUAACGUGUCCACGGUAGAAAAGCAAGCAUAUAAAACCACCGACAAAUCUUUUGAAUGUAAUACCGAACAAAGCAGUGAAGUAUCCAACAGUAAUCUUGCAAAAAAAAAUUAACGUUGCCGUAUGAUAGAUAAUGGAUUAAGAAUAGUUGUAUAAAGAUACACUGUAAGCACGACAACACGUGCCUCAGAAAAAUGCGUCGUUAUUGAGGAA